AUGGGCGACAACAAGCGUAAACGCGGCCGGAAGCCCAAAACCCCCACCCCCGAAACCCUAGCCACCACCAGCGCCUCCCCACCUCCACCACCAACCACCACAUCCGCCGCUGACGACGAAGACGACGUCGUUUUCUGCGUCAGCAACGUCGAGAUAAUCGACCCCAAAUCCCCCCGCCGCGGCCGCGGCCGCCCCAAGAAGCUCCCCAAGCUCUCCGAAAACGGCACCCACGACCCGCCCGCCGCGCCCGACCCGACCGAUUCGGAUCCCGGGACGGCCUGGGAGGGCGGCGCGAGGGUGGUGCCGUCGAUGGACGCGGUGGUGAAGGUGUUCUGCACGCACACCGAGCCGAAUUUCUCGCUGCCGUGGCAGCGGAAGAGGCAGUUCAGCUCGAGCAGCAGUGGGUUUGUGAUUGGUGGCCGGAGAGUGCUGACUAAUGCUCACUCGGUGGAGCAUUACACCCAGGUCAAGCUCAAGAAGCGCGGCUCCGAUACUAAGUACUUGGCCACUGUUCUUGCUAUUGGCACCGAGUGUGACAUUGCAAUGCUUACGGUUGAUGAUGAUGAGUUUUGGGAAGGUGUGUCGCCGGUGGAGUUUGGGGAGUUGCCUGCGCUGCAAGAUGCUGUUACUGUCGUGGGUUAUCCCAUUGGGGGAGACACGAUUUCAGUGACGAGUGGUGUUGUUUCGCGGAUAGAGAUUCUGUCGUAUGUUCAUGGGUCGACUGAACUGCUAGGUUUGCAGAUAGAUGCUGCGAUCAACUCUGGAAACUCGGGUGGGCCUGCUUUCAAUGAUAAAGGAACUUGUGUGGGUAUUGCAUUUCAGUCCCUUAAACAUGAGGACGCAGAGAAUAUUGGUUAUGUCAUACCCACACCAGUAAUAAUGCACUUCAUCAAAGAUUAUGAGAAGAAUGGAGCAUAUACAGGUUUUCCAAUUCUUGGGAUUGAGUGGCAGAAAAUGGAAAAUCCUGAUUUGCGUACAUCAAUGGGAAUGAAACCUGAUCAAAAGGGUGUUCGUAUCAGAAGAAUUGAUCCCACUGCCCUGGAAUCUCAGGUGUUGAAGCCAUCUGAUAUCCUUCUCAGCUUUGAUGGAGUUAAUAUUGCCAACGAUGGAACAGUUCCUUUUCGGCAUGGAGAACGCAUAGGUUUUAGUUAUCUCAUAUCCCAGAAAUAUACUGGAGAUAACUCAAAGGUUAAAGUUCUGCGCAAUUCUGAGAUUCUCAGUUUUGAUAUAAAACUAGCAUCCCACAAAAGACUAAUUCCAUCACACAUCAAGGGCAGACCUCCUUCAUAUUAUAUUGUUGCAGGAUUUGUUUUUACAGCUGUAUCUGUUCCCUAUCUUCGAUCUGAGUACGGAAAGGAUUAUGAGUUUGAAGCUCCUGUCAAACUUUUGGACAAAAUGCUGCAUUCAUUGCGACAGUCACCGGAUGAGCAGCUUGUAGUGGUUUCUCAGGUGCUUGUGGCUGAUAUUAACAUUGGGUAUGAAGACAUAGUUAACACACAGGUUCUAGCUUUUAAUGGUAAGCCUGUGAAGAAUCUGAAAAGCUUGGCCAGCAUGGUAGAGAACUGUGAUGAUGAGUUCUUGAAAUUUGAUUUAGAAUACCAACAGGUGGCGGUCCUCCAAACCAAGACUGCAAAAGCAGCUACUCUAGAUAUUCUUGCCACACAUUGCAUACCAUCAGCAAUGUCUGAUGAUCUGAAGACUUAAGGUUUCACUGUACGCAGGCUCAUCAUUUUUCUAACUUUUUGUAGUCCUGCCUACUGCUGCGGUUCUGUUUUAUGCAACAUCUCAUAUAGAAAUUGUAGGCCAAUUCAGGACGGACAUGCUUCCUAUGCUUUCAUAGUGAUAUUAGUAACUGGACAGCCAUAGGGAAUUUUUUUUGCUCUGUGAACUUGGUUGUCGAGGUGUAGCAUUGAGGAUUGUUAUUUUUUACUUAUUCUUUCAAGUAAUUGAUGUAAACAUGAACACCAUAUAUUGCUGUUUUAGCAUGAGAGACCAGAGAUGUAAGAGUUGAGUCAUUCAACUCAGAAAAUG